GGAUUAGUAGAGAGCGCGACAGCAACAAUGAAAGGCUGUGUCCUCCUCGCUGUUCUGUUGUUUGCCUUUUGCACUGUGAAAGCCACAACCAUUACUAUGAUUUCUACUGCAACUUCUGUACAACCAUCAUCUUCAACAAAAACCCUCAGCACAGCUUCCUCAGCCACGACCACUACUACGACUUCUACUGCAACUUCUGAACAACCAUCAUCUUCAACAAAAACCCUAAGCCCAGCUUCCUCAGCCACGACCACUACUACGACUUCUACUGCAACUUCUGAACAACCAUCAUCUUCAACAAAAACCCUAAGCCCAGCUUCCUCAGCCACGAUCACUACUACGACUUCUACUGCAACUUCUGAACAACCAUCAUCUUCAACAAAAACCCUAAGCCCAGCUUCCUCAGCCACGACCACUACUACGACUUCUACUGCAACUUCUGAACAACCAUCAUCUUCAACAAAAACCCUAAGCCCAGCUUCCUCAGCCACAACCAUUACUAUGAUUUCUACUGCAACUUCUGUACAACCAUCAUCUUCAACAAAAACCCUCAGCACAGCUUCCUCAGACAACACUUCUACUAAUGGAUAUUCCACACAGUCAACAUCCCCAACAACACUCAACAAUUCAAUUGAUUCAGACACUACUACUGCUAAUGAAAGUUUCCCAGAGUCAACAUCUUCAACAAUAAUCCCAACAUCUUCAACAACAGUCACCAAUCCAAUUACAUCAGUACCUCUCCCUUGUGAAGAAAAAACAUGUCCUUAUGAUGCUGUAUGUAUAAAUCUUAUGGACCAACAAUACACCUGCCGGUGUCCCUUUGGGUUCUACUACACAAAUACAUCAGGUUGCCAGAAAGGAAAAAUAUUCCCAGGUGAUUUAUCUCUGAAGAAUCUACCAUUCAAUAACUAUUUUGAAAAUGUAAAUUCUGCAGAAUACAUGCAGUUGUAUGAAAAUGUCACCCAAUUUUUCCAAACUGUAUUUAAUAAUGAGUCUACUUUCGAACAAACCAUCAUUUCAAGUGUGAAAUCAUCUUCAUCAACACUUAAAAGACUGAGAGCUGCUGAAAGGGCGAGCUUUACUGUGGUUUCAUUAAUCAAUAUGUUCGAUUCAAGCACCAGCUUAACUAGCACAGAAAUAAAUAAUCGUAUACAAAAGGCACUUAAUGAGGGUGGCUCAUCUUUUACAUCUGUACGUCCGUGUGAUACACCAGAAAUUAAGUGUGACAAGCAAACUACAGAGUGUGCUGAGAAAGAUGACGGCAGUAUUCCAGCCUGCGAAUGUAAACCAGGACUGGCUAAGAAGAAUGAUCAGGAGGACACCUCUUGUUUAUUAUGUAAUCAAAUUUGUUCCCAAGAAAACAACAAGCAAUGUAUCAUGAAAGAUGGCGGUAUUCCAGAGUGCCAAUGUAUGCCUAAUUUCUCUGAUAAGGAUGGACAAUGUCAGAAGUGUGAUUUUGGCUACUCUGGAGAAAACUGUAAAGACAAUUACAUGGCCAUCAUCGUAGGAGUAUCUGUUGCAUGUGGGAUUGUUAUUGUAGUCUUAGCAGGAGUGCUCAUUUACAGAUCACUCAGAGCAAAAAAAGAACCUAAGCCUGAGAGGAGGAGUUUGUUAAGCAAUGACUAUUCGGCUACGGAAAGAGAUUAUAAAAGCAAAUCUGCCACAAAAAUUGCUCCUACAAAGAAAAUCUUCCCCAGAAUCCAAAUGGAGAACUCAGCUGGCCAAGGAGGCCAGGCAAGAAGUAAUGAAGAGGGAAGCGUAGCAAACAUGGCUUACCUUCCUGAGCAAGACUAUGAUGAUGCUGAUCCUUCCUCCUUUGAAAUGACAACCAGAAGCAAAUUCUGAGUCCAUUCUUAAGGAAGAUUGACCUACUAUGAAUAUGAAUACUGGCGAUGAAGAACUGUCCUCCAACCAUUUGAAGAUAUUGUUGCUUGGCUGAAAAUAUUGUACUGAAAAAACAGGACUGAAUAUAUUGUUGAAAUCUGGUAACUAACUCUAAAAAAGUACAUGCUACUUGGAUGAAACUAUAUGUUGUUCUUAUUUAACCAGUGGAAGAAAGCAGAGAAAUGCAUAUUAUUAUCCACCAUCGUUUUCAGAUGGCUUUCACUGUAUGCACCACCUCAGAUGAUAAGACAGCACAGAAAGCAGAUGGGGCAUUAUCACUUUAACUGCUAUAUUGUCUAACAAUGUUUCCUUCAUCUGCUAUUAUUAUUCUUGAUUGUAUCUUAAGGCAAGGAUUGGCAAUAGAGUUGAAUUCUGCUAGGAGCUGUGUGGGGACGAAUGGAUUAAAAACAAUUCAUAAAUUUUCCCUUUUAAACCUAAAUCUCUCAUUCUAUUAUACGAUAAGCUCUUAGCCAAUUUCUCCAUCUCUCCGUGUUUUCCUUCCCACCCCUUCAUCUGACCCUCACGUUCUCUGUAUUUUUAAGGCAACUGCAAUGUUCAAUUUCAUCAGGAAUUUUUGCAGGGUGGGAGUUGCAGGUUUUUUUUUUUAAUGAAGAAAUACUUUCCUGCUUAUCUGGGGAGUUCCCCUUCUCAAUAUGUAAAGUUUUGCCUAUGGAGCCCCCUGGUUCUCUGCCCCAAAGUUUCUUAUUAGAGGGACCCACAUCUGGAGGCCUCAGAGGAAUCAAGGAAAGGGGGGAAAUAAUUUGGAAAUUUUCUUCUGAGGAGCUUGAGUAGGCCCAUUUCUCUCUCUUUUCCUCCCUUUAACUAAUGCAAGAUGAGGUGGUAACUAGGUGGUUCCAGGGACUGUAGGUAGAACAUUCCAGUUUUGAAACCCCCGUCACAUAGGAUGUCCAUGUAACUAUAAAAUUAGCACAGAAUGGAGAAAAACUCUACAAAUCAUCUUUUUGUCUGCUGUGUUGGUUUUCUAUUUGCAGAGGUUAUUUUAACACAGGGGAACAUUCCAGAAUGUGAGCUUUCACCUCCUUCUAUGAAGUAGUGCAGUCCUUUUUUUUUUACUACCUCAGGUCUCUGCUCCUGCAUUAUCAUCUUAUUCUCUUGCAAGUAUCAACCAAGCACCCAACCACUAUCCAUUUCUUUCAAAAUUUUGGGUCUCAUGGGCCAUUCAGCUUAAAGUAGGGGACCAAGGCCAGAUCCAACCCACUCAGUUAGUGAGUAACUGGGCAUUCACUCACUGAACCAAAGUUAUGAAAAUAAUGAAGAGAACAUAAAUAAGGGAAGAACGAUUAGUUUGUUUGGAGUCAAAUUGCAAGUCAUGAGAACCAGAGCAUUGAGGUUCCUUUAUGCAGUAUUUAGAAAAAAGAUUUCCAGAUUUUGAGGCAUCUUUCACAUUGUAAUGGGUCUCUUUCACAUAUGAUGCCAAAGAGCACCUUAACACAAUAUUCAAGCAGGUCUCCACUUUACUGAUGGCAUUUUUAAGACACUCAAGGUACCUAUUUAAAGAAUAUGAAGCAUUCACACUGACAGUAUUUUGGAGUAAGAAUUAGGUUCUCAAACUGUAUGAUAGCCCCCCUAAAAAGCAUGGGCACCUGAAUGGAGAGGGUGAGAGGAUGAGGCAAGGUGAUGCUUCCUCCUCCCACAAGUUACAAACUUGGAAAGCUGAAUGCUUUCUGAGAGGGGAUCCUCCAUACUGGAUUUGUGAGGAAGAUUGUUUCCUCAAUGCCCAUCACCUUUUGGAAAGUUGGUAACACUCAAUAACAUUUCAAUAAAAGUUUAUACAUUUUGGCAAUAAUAUGACAAUCAUUUGUACAUAGUUUUGUCUCAAAUUCAGUUUGAAUAUUGUUCUAAGGAUGUUUUACUCUGUGUGGAUUAAGAAUGGGUUGAAAAUGUCCUGUUAUAUUUUUCUAGUGACAUUUGUGAAUCAAUGCCCCAGUCCUCAUACCCUUGCAUGCAGAAGCAUUCAUUUGUCUGCAAGCAAGGAAAUACUCGUUUGCAGUAUAGAUGGCUGGUGAAAGACUGAAAAAAGCAGAAGGGAGAAUAAGUUGAGAAUGUGGCUUGGGUUUGGUUAACAUACCAUGAUAUGGUUAACAUACCGUGAUACGUUAGAAUUUUCGCAAGAUGAAUAUAAAAUAAAGAGAAGAUUUAACAAUAGAAGGAUAUGCUUGUCAGUGGUUUUCUUGUUUGCAAAUCUUAGAAAGGUUUAAAUUAGAUAAAAGGCAUUAUGACUUUGAGCAAUCCAAAACUGAAUUUGAGACAGAACUAUGUACAAAUGAUUGUCAUAAUGUAUAAACUUCUAUUGAAAUGGGAGACAGAGGAAGAGCAAGUGAAAGAAUAUGAUUAAAUGGGCUAAAAAUUUUGGAUAUAAUAUACAAACGGAGCAGUGGGAAAAUAUGUGAUUAAAAGGAUUGAAAAAUUCACAUUAAGUUUGAGUCUUAAUGAGAAUUUUGACAAGACGAUGUACCGUUGGUAUAUGUCUCUGGAGAAAUUGGCCAAAAUGUAUAAAGGUACUUCAAGUUUGUGUUGGAAAUGUGAAUAACAUAAAGGAACAUUCUACCAUAUGUGGUGGACAUGAAAGAAAGAAAGAAAAAUUGGAUACAAAUACAAUUAUUAAUUCAGAAGAUUUUAAUAUAGAAAAAAAAUCAGAGUCUUUUCUUUUGGGAUUAAUGGACACCCAGCUGGAAAGAAGUCAUGGAACUUUGUUUUUAUAUAUGACAACAGUAGUGAGAUUAUUAUAUGUGCAAAAGUGGAAGAAUCCAAUACUGCCUACAAUAAAUGGUUGGUGAAGGUGCUGGUACUUGCAGCAAUGGGUAAUCUUACUUCACUAAUUAGAGAAAAGACAAUAAGUUCAUUUAUUUCUGGGAGGAAAUCCUUUAUAGACUUUUUGCAUGAAACAGAUAAUAAUGAUUUGAUGAUUUGUGGGCAUGAUGAAUAAUGAAUUUGGACAAUAGAAUAAAGGGUUUUCUUUGUAAACAUAGAGUAAGAGAAAAUUUUGUAAUGAUAUCUAUAUUUGUCACAGAGAAAAUGGGAAGCUUUCUUUUAGUUUAAAUAGGGUUUUUGUCCUUUUUCUAUAUUUUAGUUUGUUUUUGUUAGUUGUUACUCUUUUUUCUUUUAUAUAAACUUUAAUUUAAAAAAGAGACAAUGUGGCCUGGGUUUAAAAGUUUGACAAGCACAGAUGUCAGGCAUGGCUUUUAGAAUCAUUUUUUAAAACUCUGCAGUUACAAAUGGCUGCUGGUCCUGUAUUGCUGAAAGCUCUACUCUAUUAUGAAGUGACUAUUACAAAAUUGUACCUUAAUUGUCACAGAAUCAGGAUUUUGAGGGAAAUGCUAAGACUUGGGAGUAACCUCAAUGAAUUCAGUAGGUCUUAUUUUAAAUCAACAUGCAUAUGGUUGGGAUGUAUAGAAUCCAGAUUUAGUUCCAAGUACCAAUCCAGAUGGCUCUGAAUACAGAUGUGGUGAUGUUUUUCAUGCUUGAGGACUCAGAUAUGUAGUCUGGGUCCAGCAGAUAACUAGCAAAUCCAAAGCUAAAUUUACAUAGAACAAAAACAGAUUUGCUAACUCUCCCAUUUUUAGCUAGAUAUUCCAGUUUUACAGCUAUUCUCUGCCAGAAAAAAGUGGCUUUAGUUAUUUGUGAUUACUUUUUGUUAUAGCUAUGAGAAAUGUUUGUUUCUCUUAAGAUUUUUAUUGCCCCCUAUAAGUAUUUAUAUUGCCCUGCUUCUUUCUUCCCUGUCUCUCAUAUUACCAACUUCCCUUUAUUAUUUGUUUAUGGACUUCUUAACCUAUUUCCCACCAGUAAAAUCCAUUUUAAUUAUACAUAGCACAGCCAGGUAUAUAUAUAUAUCUAUGAAUAUUUAACUAGCUUAGGUAUGUGUAAAGUAUUUUAAUCUAACUAUCAUGUUAAAGUUUAGAGAUCUUUAUUUUCAUUUAUGCCUACCUGUAUUUUAUGGAAUAUAGAGUUAGUCAUCAUUCUUCUGUGCAGUCCCACAUUGGGACACAUUGGGACUGCACAGGCGCAGGCCUCUUGCGGAGAGAUUUCUCUAACUUUUAAAAUUCAUAAGGGAGUGUUCUGCCUUUACUGCACACAUGCAGGAGUUUCCCACCGAAAUACGGGUAGAGAGAAGGAGCUUCCCUAUUUUCUUUAGUUCUUUCACCACCACCAUUGAGAAGGUUCUUCCUAACUCAUCUUGCUUACCUCGAUUUUCUUCACUUGUGUAUCUCUGUUGAUUUCGUCAUAUUUCAAGAAUCACCUAAAAAUAAAUAAAUGAAAGAAACAAGUUCACAAGGUGAAAUAAAAUGGUUUACACUGAUGAGCGCAAUAUCACCUGCUGUGUCUAAGGGAACCUAUAACAUAUUGGCUUUCAGAGGUUCAGGCCAAAAUGCCAGAAGUGACAGAGCUUCUUGGCCCAUAAUGGUGUUAUGGGAGAAAGUUCCCUCAGGCUCAUUUACCUGGCAGUAAAGUUAUCUGGCGCGAUGGAGCCACCAGCCCAAUCCAAACUUCAGCCAUCAGUUCUGGGGGCUAGAUCUUCUAAUCUGAAGAAAUGUCGGCCAUCAAUUCCAACUGUUUCCCGUCGGGUUCCUGUUCAGUGACAAGCAAUGCCCUUCCUGGUCGCUCACCCGAACACAAGAAACAUCACUCACCGGAUCUGACCAUACAGAACAUGCCACCUCUGAACUGCCUGUUAAAGAGGCAAAAUAGCAAAUCUAAGCCUGUGGCGGCUCAGGAGAACUGAGGGAAAUAGGGGUGCUCUGCCACUCUAUCUGUGUUUUGGCAGGAAAUGCCUGCACACACACCGCAAAGAUGGAGCGCCCCUUUAUGGAUUUUAAAAGCUAGAGAAAUUUCUCUGUGGUAGGCCUGCGCAUGCGCAGUCCCAAUGUGUGCCUGCACAGAAGAAACUCAACAAACAACAGUUAUAGGUAAGUGCAACCCUGUUUCUUAUUCCAUAAAACUGACCAUUAUAAUGUUUUUAGAUACCUCAAUUUCCUUGUAUAAAUGGCUUUCUUACUUAAAAAACGGUCAUUCAUGCAUGGUGUCUUGCUCAAUAAGUCUAUACCCAAGCAUACCAUCAUGAAUAAAGACUGCUUUGCCACAUAUGCCAGCAUUGGGAGACAACUGCCAGUACCCAAGUCCUAACAUAUGUACAUCAUAAUAAAAGAGUCCAUGUGGUAUAGUGGUUAGAAUGUUGGAUUGAGACUAGGUUCAGAUCCUUGUUCAGCCAUAAAACUGACUGGAUGACCUUAAGCCAGACAUCAACAUCUGUGAGCCCCACCUAUUUCACAGGACUUUUGUGAAGAUAAAAUUUGAGAAGGAUGCCCUGAAAUUCUUGGGGGAAGAAAAGGACAAAAGCGUUAUUGAAAUAAUUCACAUAUGACCAUUAAAAAUGAUGUACAAAUAAGCUAUCUACUGCAGUGUAAAUAAAAUACUACACCAGCCA